AGGGGCUUUGGUUGUGCUGGUACUAACGGGCUUUUCUGUCCAUCUCCACCAUGCUGCCUUCUUUGGUUUCCUGUGGGUCUGUGCUGCGUGCUCCUUCUGCAGCCCUAUCUCCCUCUGAAGGCAGAGCUGCCCAGGUGCCUCCAUUCAGAGUGCCUUUUCCAUAAUAGCAACAGCUGGAACUUAGUAAGGGUGGUGAUUUUGCUGGAGCCCCUUUGAAACCUGAGCCUGAGGAACUGGUGUAGGGUGAUAGGCUGGAGCAGCGGGCCCAGGUGCACCUCAUUAAGUUCAACAAAUCCUUGCACCUGGGUUGAGGCAAUCUGCACGAGUCGGGGCGUGAAAGGAGACAGCGCAGCCCUGCUGAGAAGGACUGGCAAUACUGGAGGAUGGCGGGGGGUCCCUUCCAGCUCCAACGAUGCAGCGAGUCCGUGGUAACUGGGCCGUGGGUUUAGGGAACGUGGAUAUUGGGAUGGUUCUGAAUGUUUCCAGGGCAGCUUUGUUGGAAGAUCCGCGUUGUUUAGGGCAGCGAGUGGCAGGCAGUGAUUUCUCAUUGUUGAUGCGGAAGGCUUGGAAUUUAGCUGGUGUAUGUGUGAGAAGGACCCUUCAGAGAGCAGCCCUCAGACACCCUCCGUUUUGUCUGCCCGCACGGCUCGCUCCGGCCGUGAGUUGAGGUGAAUGCAAGCCGGAUCCCGCUCCGCCCCUCGUCUGUCCGGCCCGUAGCUCCGGCCCCGAUUCCCUUCCGGGGGCGUCGCGGCGGGCGAGUCCCCCAGCCGGGCUCAGUUGAAGCGCCCGCCCCCGGCGCGGUAAGAUGGCGGCCGCGGCUCAGGCGCUGAGCGGUGCGGGGCUGCUCCUGGCCGCCGCCGCCCUGGCGCUGCUGGCCGUGGCCAUCGGCACCGACUCGUGGUACGAGACGGACGCUCGGCGGCACCGCGAGCGCUGCCGCGGCUUCGGCCACAAGCGCAGCGACCCGCCCGGCUCCAUGUCGGCUCCCAGCUCGCACCUGCCGCUCCGCGCCCGGCCCCCUCGGGCCCUGCUGCCCGGCCGGCCCCCGGCUCCAGCCCCGGCCGCCGCCGCCGCCGCGUUGGAUUCGCACUGCGGCCGCCGCUUCAACUCCACCGUGUCGGGGCUGUGGAGGCGCUGCCACCGCGCGGGCUACGAGCCGGACAGCGAGGAGCUCAUCCGGAAAGGAGUUAUUCAGCGUUGCACUGCUGUGAAGUAUCACUACACCUCCAGCUCUCUGCCACGCAACUUACCCGUCAACAUCACCAACACCAUCCGGCAGGAUGAGUGGCACGCUCUCCAUCUGCGGAGGAUGACAGCUGGCUUCAUUGGCAUGGCAGUCUCCAUCAUCCUGUUUGGGUGGAUCAUCGGUGUGCUGGGGUGCUGCAAACAGCAGGAGCUCAUGCAGUAUGUGGCUGGACUGCUCUUCCUAAUGGGAGGUACCUGUUGCAUCAUCUCUCUCUGCACAUGCGUAGCUGGGAUCAAUUUUGAGUUGUCACGCUACCCUCGCUACGUCUACGGGCUGCCAGAGGACAUCAGUCAUGGCUAUGGCUGGUCCAUGUUCUGUGCCUGGGGAGGCCUGGGCCUUACCCUGCUGGCUGGGUUCCUCUGCACUUUGGCCCCGUCCCUCAACACUUCGCGGGCAUCCGUACAAAAACCCAGACAAGAGAACGGGGCUGUGUGACCUCGGCGGGGGUGAGGAGAGACUCUGGAAAGCGCAGCCUGGGCAGAGCUGUGGGUUAACACCAGAAGAGGCGGCGCGUCGGUGUGGGGAGCGGUGCCAUAGCUGUGGGAAUACCAGCCUGGGGGGAUGCUGCUACAGCCUGCAGCCAUGGACACGGACAUUGCAAGUAACUCCAGGUUUGAAUUAUUGCCGAUUUGCUCAUUGAUGGUUUAAGGGGGGACAGUUCUGAGUUCUGUUUUGUUUUUCUUCUGUUUACAAGGGAUUAAGUCCGAGGCUGUGUCUUCUUUUGUGCUGUUUUUUGAACUGUACCUCCGUGGUCCUGUUACUGUCCAGUUGUAAGGGAUGUUUACGCACCAACUCUAUUGCUGCAGGUCUGUGUAAUUCAGACCCAAACUAGGGCAAGAAGCUCUGUGAAGUUGGCUUGAACACUUUUGCAACAGACUUGCCAUAAUUUCCCAAAAGAACCGUGAUCUAAAGCUGGGGUUUAGGCCAAAGAAUUAGCCCAUCAUUAGUAUUAAUUUAUCUAAAGCAGAAAUCUGUGCUAUUCUAUGCUGUAGUAUCAGCUUUUACUCACCACUAAAGCUAUUAUUUCCAAAAGGAGCCUGCUGUAACUGAGCAGCUAGACUGAAAAAUCUUAGUGGCUUCAGGAAAAGGGGGGUAAGUUUUCCUCAGCUUCUUACACAGGUCAAGUUAUUCACUGGGCUACCACCUUGUUUCAAUGAAGAGAUGUACACAACAUGCAGCUUACUUAUCCUACUGCAGGCCAGCAUAAAGUAUUAUAUAGUUAGAGCUGCUGGGAUCAACCUUCAUCGCCCAAACUUGUGAGUACAAUUCCUGUUCUGUAAGAGAUGAGUAAUUCUCCCUGAGCUCAAACAGCAGGUACUGCUAAUAUUGCAGAAUGUACAGCCCCCUCUAAUAUUAAUGUCCAAAGGAACUGCAGUGUGUUUUCCUCAGGAACGUGUGGCUUCUGCUCACUUCACCACUCACCCCUUUCCAACGCCAAACACCCUGAGCACAGCACAGCAACAACACACGUGCUCUGCUGGAGCAAGUUCCCUCUCUAGAGUGAGCAGUAGGGAUCUCGGAACCAGCGCAAGUACUAUGGCUAACUCAGGAACACCCGCCAAAGUACUCUGGGUGCAUUUUGCUUUCAUCCAUCUAUUCGUUCUUCCCUCACAUCCCCGCCCCUCUCCCAAGUGUGCAAAAACUGCACAGGCAAAGAUGAGAUGGCCAGCAGUUGGAGAUGUUUACAUUGUAUUUCAAAUACAAUACAGUGGCAUGUAAGAUACUUAAUGCUAAAGUCAGUGUAUUUAUGAAAAGUGUAAUUUUUAAAUGGAAGUUGUAAUUCUCAACUGGCAUUAAAAGUACAGAACGACUUGCUCAGUGGA